GGCCUCCAUCACUUCCCGUGCCGCAGCCCGUAAAGCUGUACGCUUCCUUCUGGGGUUUAAUACCCGGCACUUCACUAAAACAUCUCCUGAGAAUAUAUCUCGCAUUAUUUAUUUGUCCAUUUGUCAACUGUGAAUUCAACGGCUCAGAAUGGAGACAUCUGGUAACUCGAGUAAGAAGCAGAAACUGAGUAACGCGCCUGAGAGCUGGGGAAUGCAAAGAGCCACCAAUGUGACCUAUCAAGCCCAUCAUGUGAGCAGAAACAAGCGUGGCCAGGUAGUCGGCACUAGAGGAGGAUUUCGAGGAUGCACGGUGUGGCUUACAGGUUUGUCUGGCGCGGGUAAGACGACGGUCAGCAUGGCUCUGGAGGAGUAUCUGGUGUGUCAUGGCAUCCCCUGCUACACUCUAGAUGGAGAUAACAUCAGGCAGGGCCUCAAUAAAAACCUGGGCUUUAGUCCUGAAGAUCGCGAGGAGAACAUUCGCCGUAUCGCAGAAGUGGCAAAACUGUUUGCUGAUGCUGGUCUUGUGUGCAUCGCCAGCUUCAUUUCCCCAUACAGCAGGGACCGCCUGAAUGCAAGGAAGAUCCAUGAAGCUGCUGGCCUUCCAUUCUUUGAGGUGUUUGUAGAUGCUCCUCUGGAUGUGUGUGAGCAGAGAGAUGUGAAGGGGCUCUAUAAAAGGGCUAGAGCUGGAGAAAUCAGAGGGUUCACAGGAAUAGACUCUGAGUAUGAAAAGCCAGAGGCCCCUGAACUGGUACUAAAGACUGAUUCUUGCAGUGUAAACGAGUGCAUCCAGCAACUUCUGGACCUCCUGCAGGAGAGGGACAUAGUGCCUGUGGACGCGUCCUAUGAAGUCAAGGAGCUCUACGUGCAUGAGAACAAGCUAGACUUGGCCAAGGCAGAUGCAGAGACUCUUCCAGCAGUGGAGAUCACUAAGGUGGACAUGCAGUGGGUUCAGGUGCUCGCUGAGGGCUGGGCCACUCCUCUAAACGGCUUCAUGAGGGAGAGAGAGUACCUGCAGUGUCUGCACUUCAACUGUCUGCUUGAUGGUGGGGUUAUUAACCUGUCGGUGCCGGUGGUCCUCCCCGUCUCAAGUGCCGAUAAGGAGCGUCUGGAUGGCAACACUGCAUUCGCGCUGGCGUACAGCGGUCGGAGGGUCGCGAUACUGCGAAACCCAGAGUUCUACGAGCACCGCAAGGAAGAGCGCUGUGCCCGACAGUGGGGCACCACAUGCAAGGAUCAUCCGUACAUUAAGAUGGUGAUGGAGAGCGGAGACUGGCUGGUUGGAGGCGAUCUCCAGGUGCUGGAUCGGAUCUACUGGAACGACGGGCUGGAUAGUUACAGGCUCACACCAACCGAACUCAAGCAAAAAUUUAAAGAGAUGAACGCAGAUGCUGUCUUUGCUUUCCAACUGCGGAACCCAGUACAUAACGGCCACGCGCUGCUCAUGCAGGACACGCAGCGGCGUCUAAUCGAACGUGGCUACCGCCGACCUGUGCUUCUGCUUCACCCACUGGGCGGCUGGACCAAAGACGAUGAUGUGCCGCUGGCCUGGCGCAUGAAACAGCACGCAGCUGUGCUAGAGGAGGGGCUGCUUGACCCUAACUCCACCAUAGUGGCCAUUUUUCCUUCACCGAUGAUGUACGCCGGCCCAACAGAGGUGCAGUGGCACUGUAGGGCCCGGAUGGUGGCUGGGGCCAACUUUUACAUAGUAGGCCGUGACCCCGCAGGAAUGCCUCACCCAGACACAGGUAAAGACCUCUACGAGCCCUCCCACGGAGCUAAAGUACUCACCAUGGCCCCUGGACUUAUAUCUCUGGAAAUCGUGCCUUUCAAAGUGGCAGCCUACAAUAAAGUCAAGAAGGCCAUGGAUUUUUAUGACCCCAAAAAACACCAGGACUAUGACUUCAUCUCAGGAACCCGCAUGCGGAGGAUGGCUCGCGAAGGCCAGAACCCUCCAGAAGGCUUCAUGGCACCCAAAGCCUGGAAUGUCUUGAAGGAAUACUACCAGUCUUUGGAGAAGGCCUAAGCCGUUUUCCAGGUGCGGCGAGAGGUGGAAGCAAUUCUGUUACAGUGAAAGAAGGAAAAAGGAGGAGGAGGAGGAGGAGGAGAUCUUGGUUGGUAAAAAACAAAACACACAUAAUGAUUGAACACUGGGACCACCCAAAGGACUUA